AUGUGCGUUUACGAGUGUAUGUUCACCGAAUUUGGGAUGAACUUCCCUCUGUCUCCUCUAUUUUUGCAAUUUGCGGCUGAUCGUGGCGUCCCUACGAGUCAACUGACCCACGGCGUGGUUCGCCACAUCGUUUUUACCGAGGCCCUGGCUAGAGCCGCCGGAGUUGUAUUCGACCGUCUCUUAUUUGAGCACGUUACUGAUCUCCGGGCUUCGUCGCGAGAGGGAAACUUCAAGCGGUUUCAUACCACGAUGAAGACCGUCCAGGCGAGCGAGACCGAACGGCGAACUCAAGGAGAAGUUCAGGCUGCUGAGGUAGUGGCGGCGCUUGAGAAGAAAAAGCAAGAGAGGAAAGAUAAGAGGGAGGGGAAAAACAAAUCUGCCAUCCCUGCGACUCCGAUAUCUACAGCGAAGCCAUCCCGUUCUAAGAAGAAAUCGAUGGGUCUUAGGAAGAGAGCGGCCGUGCCUAUUGACGACGUUGUCGUUGCUUCCGAGCCGGCGCCCAAAAAGAAAGGGUCGAGUCCCCCAGACUGA